CUCGGUAUGUUGAACUGUCAAUAUUACAGUUCAUAACGAAUUGUCAAUUUCGUUUUUUCCAGUGGGACAAUGCAAAUUACGAUCGUGAUUAGGGAUUUUUGAUAAGAGUGUAACUGCGGUCGAGCCGGUCAUUAUAGGCUUCGUUACCAAUCGUUUUAAGGUUAACUACGCUUUGCCGUUGGGCAUGCCGCACUCCUUCAGUAUGGAGUACUGCCCCCCCAACGUGACGUUGGGGGAGGUGUGGGUGGACCAUGGUAUAUCACAAUGCUUCAUGGAAACCAUAUCAGCAGUGUUCAUUGGUGGAUUCCUUAUUGCCUUCGGAUUUAUGCAGAUUGUUAUGUAUAAGAGGUAUGCCACGGAAGUAAUGGAUGUGAGAUCUUCGCGUCUGUUCACUGUCCAGUUGUUGUUCACGCUGUUUGUACCUGUUCUGGCUGUGAUACGGUUCAUGCUUCAAGCUUUCGUGUUUAAAGGAGGACAUAUCUAUGGCUAUAUGAUUCUAGCUUUAAUAACAAAUCUAAUAGUGUUUCCAAUGUCGGCGUACCUUGCGGUGCUGGAGAGGCGGUACCUCUUGCCCUCCGUGCCUCCCAGAGGGCACGGCUUCGUGCUUCUUGUCUUCUGGGCUAUGAUCUUUGUGUCCGAGAAUCUCUCAUUCUUGAACCUCAACAAGGAAGGGUGGUGGUGGCAUUUGAAAGACCUCCAAGACCGGUUAGAAAUGGCGCUGUUUGUGGGGCGAUAUGUGUCGUGCAUGAUAAUGUUCGUGCUGGGGAUGAAGGCGCCAGGUAUCAUGCAUCAGUUCGAGUAUCUCGACAACGAGGACGGCCGCAGGAAUAUCCCUCCAAGGGAAGACAACCGGUCGACCUUCAGGAAUGUGGUCAGCAAGCUCCGGACGCUGCUGCCGUUCCUGUGGCCGCGCAAGAGUCUUUGCCUGCAGAUAUACGUGCUCAUAUGCGUGCUGGCACUCAUAGCUGGCAGAGUCGUCAACCUCUAUGUGCCCAUCUACAAUAAGAAGAUUGUUGACAGCAUAUCGCCGCCUCAAACGACGCAGUACUACUGCUGGGACCUGGUGGCUAUCUACGUAUUCUUCAAGUUCCUGCAGGGUGGCGGCACCGGUGGCAUGGGCUUCCUCAACAAUCUCCGCUCCUUCUUGUGGAUUAAGGUCCAGCAGUACACUACACGAGAACUCCAGUUGGAGUUAUUUAAACACCUGCACGGACUGCCUCUCCGCUGGCACUUGUCCCGCAAGACCGGCGAAGUGCUUCGCGUGAUGGACCGCGGCACGGACUCCAUCGACAACCUGCUCUCAUACAUACUGUUCUCCAUCACACCCACCAUUGUGGACAUUAUAAUCGCUAUCAUCUACUUCGUCAUGGCUUUCAACGCGUGGUUUGGAUUCAUCGUCUUUUCUACGAUGGUGCUUUAUAUAAUCGCAACGAUAGUAGUAACGGAAUGGCGCACAAAGUUCCAAAGACGUAUGAACCUGGCGGACAACGAACAAAAGGCGCGCUCCGUCGACUCGUUGCUCAACUUCGAGACCGUGAAGUACUACGGCGCUGAGGCGUAUGAAGUGCUCUCCUAUAAAGGCGCUAUUGUCAAUUAUCAGAAAGAAGAGUUCAAGUCCCUCGUCACACUCAACAUGCUGAACACAAUUCAGAAUAUUAUAAUUUGCAGCGGUCUCCUGGCGGGCUCAAUCCUGGCCGUGCACAUGGUGGUGAAAACGAGCGAACUCACCGUCGGCGACUACGUGCUCUUCGCCUCGUACAUCGUGCAGCUAUACGUGCCGCUCAAUUGGUUCGGGACAUAUUACAGAGCGAUCCAGAAGAACUUCAUCGACAUGGAGAACAUGUUCGACCUAAUGCGCGAGGAUUCUGACGUCAAAGACGCGCCUGGAGCCCCCGAGCUGGCGGUGCGGCGCGGUGGUGUCGAGUUUAAGCACGUGUCCUUCGGCUACGGCCCCGAGCGACUCGUGCUCAAUAACGUCAGCUUUCGAGUCGCGCCCGGCUCUACUGUCGCUCUUGUUGGCCCAAGCGGCGCGGGCAAGUCGACGAUAAUGCGCCUCCUGUUCCGGUUCUACGACGUGAACGAGGGCGCGGUGGUCGUGGACGGGCAGGACGUGCGCACGGUGACGCAGGCCUCGCUGCGCGCGCACAUCGGCGUCGUGCCGCAGGACACUGUGCUCUUCAAUAACACUGUCAGAUACAAUAUCCAAUACGGACGGCUGGACGCUUCUGCGGCCGACAUCAUCUCAGCGGCAAAGAAUGCGGAUAUCCACGACAGAAUCCUCACGUUUCCUGACGCGUAUGAUACUCAGGUAGGAGAACGUGGUCUGAAGCUCAGCGGCGGAGAGAAGCAGCGGAUAGCCAUAGCACGCACGAUCCUCAAGGACCCGGCUAUCGUGCUGCUUGACGAGGCCACGUCGGCGCUGGACACCUACACCGAGCGGAACAUCCAGGCAGCGCUGGCCAGAGUAUGCGCCAACAGAACAACCAUUAUCAUCGCACAUCGACUCUCCACCAUCAUACACGCCGAUGAAAUAUUAGUGCUUCAAGAUGGAGAGAUCAUUGAAAGGGGAAACCACGAUGCUCUCCUUGCGCAAGGUGGUUUCUACGCGUCCAUGUGGCAACAGCAGCUUGAGAGUCGAAAUAACAACGGACCGUCUGAAGGAGAGAACAACAACCCUCCAGCGGACCGCUCCAACAACAACCCGGCCAAUGCAUUCAGUGGCUUCGGACACGGACACGGAGUGUUAUAAUGCUCAAGUGUAGUGAAACAAUGUGAAGUGAUACGGUGCUAGUGAACACAGUGGUCUAAAACUAUAGUUUUGGUAUUAUAGGUGGAAAUUUAAACGGUAAGUUUGAUAUUUCGAUUGCUAAGUGCCAUUACGGCUUGUCUACAUCUAUUUUUUGUAGGAUGAUUAUUUAGAAAAUAUUAGACUGAUCUGUAAGCUAAUCAUGUGUGGAAAAUGAUUUAUCAUAUCAUCAGGAUUUAAGGUUUUUGUACUAUAAGAGUAUGUGUUAUUUAUAAUGGAAAAUAUCAGUAGAUUAUCAAAAUCACUAAAAACUACAUUCAUCACUGGUGUAAAAUGAAUACAUUGUUUUUCAAAUUGCAAUGGAUUUUGAAACUGCUGACAUUCUCCAAUGAAAUGAUAUUGUUUCAAUAAAUGUAUAUAUAGGGCACGAGUACCAAAGAGUGUGUAGUUGUAGACAAGCCCAGGGUAAAGGAAAUGACUGAUAUUGAUGAACAAACUAUGGUAGGGACCAUAGCGAUUACGGUUUGCUGCUAGAGUUUACAAUCCGCCGUAAUGAAUAAUGGGCGAGUACUAUACUGUGUUUGACAACAGUUCGAUACCACUUAUAACAUAGCAUGAUUACAGUGACAUACCUUGUGUCUCUGUCAUACUAAGUUGCAUCACGUUAGUGCGACAGACAUCUGUCUCUUUCGCGCUAGGCGAUGUACUAUAUCUCCGUCUUGCUGUCAUUCUAAUCAUGCUACGUUUUAAAGGGGAUACCUUUUAUAUGAAUAUAACACCAACAGGUUAGUUGUUCUCUAAAACAAGUGUGGUGGAGCCUAAAUUAGAAAAAUAUGAAAUUUGAGAACUUUUGCCUUUUAAAAAUAGUUUGUUACAUUAUGUCAUAAUUAGGGAUUACAACAGAAAAACUGGUUAAGUAAGCAAUGUUCUGAAGUGUAGCAGUUCAUUGUAGUUUCAUGGACAAAACUUCUUUACAUAGCUAGAAAGAAAUGCAAAAAUAUGUCCUAGUGACAAAACAGGUGACGACUGAUAAAGGAGGUCACCAUUUGUCCCUUUUAGUUUUGGUUGGAUGGUAAAGACAACAUUUAGGUAAACUCCAAUCGCGUUUGUGACGUCCACUCAACCACAUUGAAACUACAGCAAUGUAUAAGUUGACAUUGCGAUGAUGUAACUUAUGUACCUAAGUAGUAUUAAUUAAAUUGUGAUGGGAAAUUUUACGUGCAAUUUCAGUGUUAUUAAAAAUGUUUUACUUA